GGCUGCUGACAAAUGACUGAAAAGGUCUGAAGAAGUUGCUCGGCCCAGAUACCUGCAGUCGUCCUACAAGCGUUUGAGUUCACAGGGUGAGCUGAAUACUGAAGCACCGUCAUUGCGUUGUGUGUCUCUGUGUGAGCAGGAGACCGAGGUAAAGGUUGUAAAACCCGUCCAGCCUUUAAACAUUUCAAGCACAUCUCUGUAUCUGAGCAGCUAACGCUAGCUUGUUGGCUAACAGCACGUUUAUUGAAAAAAAUGAACUGCCAGCUGCCCGGUUUCCAUAACAACUCGCUCACUGAUGGAGACCUCUUCCUCUUCACUUCGGAAUCGGUCGGAGAAGGACACCCCGAUAAGAUUUGUGACCAAAUCAGUGAUGCUGUUUUGGACGCACACCUGAGCCAAGACCCCGAUGCCAAAGUAGCAUGCGAGACUGCUGCUAAGACGGGGAUGAUCCUGCUGGUGGGGGAGAUCACCUCCAAUGCCAUUGUUGACUACCAGAAGAUUGUCAGGGACGCAAUCAAAAACAUAGGCUAUGAUGACUCCUCCAAAGGAUUCGACUAUAAGACCUGCAAUGUGCUGGUGGCUUUGGAGCAGCAGUCCCUUGACAUCGCUCAGGGCGUUCACGUGGAUCGAAAGGAAGAGGACGUGGGAGCUGGUGACCAGGGUCUGAUGUUUGGAUAUGCUACUGAUGAGACUGAGGAGUGUAUGCCCCUCACUAUUGUCCUGGCUCACAAGCUCAAUGCCAAGAUGGCUGAACUGCGCCGAAAUGGAACACUGCCGUGGCUCCGACCUGAUUCCAAAACUCAGGUAACUGUUCAGUACAGGCAGGAUCGCGGCGCCAUGGUGCCGUUGCGUGUGCACACCAUCGUGGUCUCUGUGCAGCACGAUGAGGGUGUAAGUUUGGACGAGAUGCGCCAUUGUCUGAAGGAGCAGGUAGUGAAAGCUGUGGUGUCCAGUCAGUACCUGGAUGAUGAAACCAUAUACCACCUGCAGCCCAGUGGUCGCUUUGUCAUUGGAGGACCGCAGGGUGAUGCUGGUCUGACUGGGCGUAAAAUCAUUGUCGAUACUUAUGGGGGCUGGGGUGCUCAUGGAGGCGGAGCUUUUUCUGGGAAGGACUACACAAAGGUAGAUCGCUCUGCUGCCUAUGCAGCCCGCUGGGUGGCCAAAUCUCUGGUGAAAGCUGGGCUCUGCAGGCGUGUGCUGGUCCAGGUAUCCUAUGCUAUUGGAGUCGCCCAUCCACUCUCUGUCUCCAUCUUCCACUAUGGGACUUCCCAGAAGAGCGAAAAGGAGCUGCUGGAAAUUGUGAAGAACAACUUUGACCUCCGUCCUGGAGUUAUCGUGAGGGAUCUUGACCUGAAGAAGCCAAUCUACCAACGCACAGCAGUUUAUGGUCACUUUGGUCGAGAUGUCUUUUCAUGGGAGGUGCCCAAGAAGCUGAAAUACUGAACCCCCUUCCCCUUCUUAUUUCCCAGUGGGCUUCGGGUGUACCACAGAUAAACGUGUGUUUGUCUUCCUUCCUCCCCCUCCCUCCUCUUCCUCCUCACACACACAGCUACUUCACCAAAACCCCUACUACAUGAAAAGAGACAACAAUAGUUUUUCAGAUGCCAACAUAUUAAAUUGAACAGACACGUUGGACAAAUUUUGUGUACAGAUUUGAGCAGUGCUGCUGGCUUUUAAUCACCUCUGUUCAACUGGCUCACCUCAUACAUGCUUGUAUUUCUACAGAUCUUAUAAUAAUUAACAACAGUCUAUAUUUAAAUUGUAUUUAUGGCAGAUUUCCAGAAGAAAUUUCUGGGUACUUAUCAGUAAUGACUGUUCUGUAAGUAUUCCGCAGCUUUUAAAUUCAGAAUCUCACUGCAGUUUAGUUGUAAAUGUGAUCAGGGGUUGGCUUCCUUUCUUAUGUCAUUUCCCAAUUUUUGGAUGAAGGGUUAAUGACAGUUUAGCAUCCAAAACAAAAAAAACAUCAGCUUUCUUCCCCUCACAUCCUUCACCCUCACUGUUACUGAUGGCACAAUUAGAGUCAAAUGGUUGUCAAGUGAUUUUGACUUUGUUAUUUUUCUCAUGUGUUGUCCCUUCAGACCAUUUUUUUCUGGCGUUAUACAGAGAAGUCAGAAGCUGCUAAUGAUUGUGUGGUUAUGUUGGGCUGCACCAUGAAAUCACUUUUUACAAAUUUUUGUAAUAUAUUUUGUUGAUUUAAAUGUCAUGUGAGUGUUCCAAAUGAUGAAUGUCUCAUUCUACUGAUCAAGAUAAAGGCAGCGGUACAGCACUUCCCCGCUCCUGAGGAUGACUCUGGGUGUAGAUACAGAGAAACCCAGGCUCAGUCACCUCUGGACAGGGGCUGCCUUUAUCCCAGAGAUUUAACAGAAUACUUGAAAUCAUUCACAGCAUGGCGUUUGACUAUAUUUGGGACCGAACAGUUUGACCAGCAAGCAGUGAUAUAUGUGCGUGUGUUUAAUGCCAAGUUUCUGUACCUAAACUGUUUUCUACUCAGUCAUGAAUAGUUUGGGUCCUUCAGUCUCACCUGCACACAGUGUGAAAGGUGGGCUGACAUGGAAGAAGAUGAAGAGCAGAGCCACAGACAGAAAAAAAAAAGUGAAAGAGGCACACAGUCAGCUUAGUGAAUGUAAGUCAUGGUAUUACUGCUCCCGUCAUCUCAGCAUUAUAAAUGAGGACAUGGGAUCAGAUAUUUUGAUUUAGUACUGGUGAUUUAGAAUCUUUCACAUUGGCUCUUAAUGAUACCAAAAAGGAAAAGGCUUCUGUUGUCAGCGUUACAUGUGCAAUUGUUCCCAAAUGAAUGUGCUUGCAAUUGACACUUGUUUUUUUUUUUUUAUUUAUUUGUUUUUAAAAACAUAUUAAUUUUUUACACCUUAAAGACUUUUGCAGAGUUUACUUGCAGUAAAUGCAAAAAAAUAAGCUGAGGAAAGAUAUUUGCCGCAGACCAUGGCCAGAUUUGAACCCAUGACUGUGAAUACACAGUCUAUGCCUUCAAAUGCUUCCACAGUUGCCCUCUGCUUUAGUCUACUCCUGGGUGUGUAUUCUCACAAUAAAGCUGCAGAUUUGAGACUAAGCCAGCUGUCAGCCUGAGUGAGACUGAAAUUUACCUUAACAUCAUCCAAGUUGGUACCUGGUCUGAUCUGUGCACAGUUAGUAUGUCUAUAAUGUCUACAACAUGUAGCUAGGUGGUACUGGUACUGUGUUCCUAUAUAUAACACUGACUUUUUCGUUCCACUCUGAUAGCACUGAUAUGUUGCCUUUACUUUGGCUGCACAGGCAUCACCUCGUGGUUCCCUGAGUGUACUUUGGCUCUAUGGCUCCUUUCUGACAAAUCUCAGACAGGAACCAUAGAGAUUAAUCUGUCUCCUCAUCAUCCAGUGAAAUUAAUCAAUCUGUAAGGAUUUUCUUUUUUCUUUUCUUUUUCUUUUUUCCAUCCUCAAGCUUAUCCACAGAUGAGACACAUGAUUGGUUGGUGUUGUACAGAGAAACCAGCUUGUUUACAUGGUCUCCAGCGGUGGGUUUUUAAGAAACAUUUUUUUUCCCCCUCAGUUCCUUCAGUUCUUAAAUGAUCAGAAGUGAGUCUGUCAGUGUGGUUGCUAUAUGUGUAAAAGUGCCUUUUUCUCAUGAUCUGCAAUGCCCUCCCACACCCACCUUCCCUUUCUACCAAAGUUUCUCCUCUUCAAUAAUUCACUCUGAGGAGUCGGAUUUGUUGUUGAGUUUCUCUUUAAAGCCCUUCAAAUAAAAUGCACUCCUUGAGUUCA